AUGCCGUCAAGUGAAAAUACUCUUGUGCUAAUGUCGCUGGAAGCAGAUAGUAGAAGUACAUCGCCAAUGACUCCUUCUCCGUCACGAGAAAUAAAAGGAAUAAGUUUGUUUCGUGCUAUUAGUAGAAAAUUAUCCAGACGUUCAAAUGAAGAUCUUAAUUACGAAUCAUCCAGCUCUGAUUCCUGUUCAUCAACGUCGAUCGGUAGAGUUGGUAGGAUAAGAAAAGAAACAUCGGGCGACUCAGGAUUUAGAUCUGUAUCACCGAAUCAAAUGUCUAGUAGUUCAAGUGAAUCCGGUAGUGAUAUACAACAGCGAUCCAGACAUCAUCAUUCCACAUCAGCGGAAAGUAUCAGAAAAGUGUUCCAGAAUUUAAAUUUAAAUAUUCGUUCUCAAAGUUGUACUAAUACUAAAGAGAAGCGGAAAACGAAGAAACCAGCACCGAAGAGGAUUUUAAGACAACCAGUGAGUUAUACUUACGCAAAAGGACUAUCAGGACUUCCAACACAAAGAAUACCAAAAAAUUCCAGGAUGUUCCAAUCGUGUGGGUGCAGUAUGCAAUAUGCACCUGGACGAUAG